AUGGCUUCCAAAAUGUCAGACGAUUUUGAAAACGAGUGGACUUUUGUCGAUAAGGAUGGAAAAGUUGACAUCGAGGUAAAGUGCAUCUUCAGUUUCUUGUCGUUUUCAGCGAAAGAAAUGUUCUGGUUUUCCACACUCUCAUGCUUAAAAAUGAAUAUGUCUUCAGUUUAACUAGUCCUUCUACAUAGGUAAAUUUGUGGAAAUCGUCUAAUCUAGGUGGGGUAUAUUCUAGAUGCAAAUGCUUCAACCGCCCAAAAUUUUGGCGCCGGGAUUUUCCGCCAUUUGGAGUGUAAAUUCAGGAUGUUCGAAACCUGCAUUAAUAUAGGUGAAUCGCAGCACAAUAUUGGGUAUUAAAAAAUUCCCCCGUGCAUUAGCAACACUGCUAGUUAGACAAGCGUACUAUUAUUUUGGCUGUUUGUUUACAAAACGUCCCCAAGUCUCCAUAAAUUUGCAUUUUGGACUUGUCGUAUUUACCUUUUCGCCUGUCAACAAUAACCACGUGAUAACCACGUUCGUUUUACACCUGUGAUUACAUAAGCCGGGUGUUUAUUAUUAAACGUGAAAAUGAUAACAAAUUUGUUGUACUCUCUACCUCCUUUUCUCAGCCCAUUGCUGUUGUUACAUUCAGCAGUCCGCACUGGGCGAAAAAAUUAUGUUGCCGAGCAAACUGUAACUUUUGUGAAAUAAUUUCUUUGUCAAGGUCAAAAUUCUUCAUUAAAUUGGAGUGAUUUUAAUUUUAAUAGAAAUAUCAAGGGAAUUGUCAGCUUCAUAAUGUUGCCUUCUCACUAUUUGGCUGAUUUGAUCUUAAGUUAGAAAAUUUUUAGUGAUACAGAUUCUUAUGUUGAGAAUUCACUUUGGAUAAGUAGAAUUUCUAUAAUUUUGACUCAAUUUAUGUAAAUAAAAUUAAUGUUGAAUUCAUCAUUAGAUGAUUAUCUUAAUUUCAGAUUUAUUUGGCCACGAAAUUUGUAGGUGCAGAGAAAGAAGAAAGAAGAAAGAAAAAUAGAAUGUUUACUUUAAUUGAUUGCUAUAAGGAGUCAUUGAUUUUCAAGCUACCAGAGAUUGUUUCAAGAAUAUUGACUAAAACUGAGAAAUGUGUUUCAAUGCUAAGCAAUUGCCUCCACCUAAGUUCUUGAAAUCAUUUUAAGUUACUAGCCAUGCCUACUUAGGCAGAGAAGUUUUUUGACUUUAUUUUUAAUAAUGAUCUUAUAAAUGUUUACUUUAAAUUCCAAAAUUACUGCAAUACCUGUUAUAAAUAACAAUAUUUAUAACAAUUACUGUCAUAAAUACAGUAAUUGUAUGGAUCCAAUAGCAUUUGGUGCUGAUUCUGUUUGAAGAAAUUAUUGCUGGCCAAGCAAUUUGUUUCUUUUAACCCUUUAACUCCCAUGAGUGACCAAGACAAAAUUUCUCCUUACAAUAUCAAUACAAUAUCAACUAGAUAGGUGAUAAGAAUACAGAAAAAUAUCAAUUUGUGUAUAAUUAGUUGAUCCAAUACUAAAUUCUCCAAACUAACCUUAUAAGAAUUGUACGAUAAGACAGGAAGGAGAAUAAUAAAUUUGAUCUGGGAGUUAAAGGGUUAAAUCUUAGAAUUUCAGGGAGCUGUGAAUGAAGAGCAUUCUUUGUUUUUAUAUUUCCUUGCUUUAAAAGUUUUAUUUGGUUUCCUUUGUUGAAAUGUUCAGUACUUGAAAGAAACCAUAAAAAAACAGCUUAAUUCAGCCUAUUUCUUUCUUUUUUAAAAUUGAAUUUGUUAUUCAUCCAUGUAUUAUCUUAUUAAAUUGUCUAAUGUCUUUUUAAAUUUAUUUAUUGAAUUAAGAAACUUAUACUAGUGUGCAGAAAAAUUAAAUUCAAGGAAACAAAAUUUCAAAGCUAGAUUUUGUUUUUUUUCAGCCAAGGAAGAACUCUGUAUCCUAUUCCAAGUCACCUUCAAAUACUGAUGGGUUAGUUUCCACAUUUGAGUCACCCAGUGCUACAGAUGACAGUGAAGGAGAGGCAGAGUUUGAGGUCCUCAGUGGAUUUCAGUGUCAUCAACCACCAGUCGAAAAGAAGAACCUGGACUCUGAUCUUGCAACAAAAACCAAAACCCAGAAUGAAUUACAUCUUGGUCAAGAAUCUGAGACAGGAGAUGAGCUUUCGACAGUUCAACAAAGCUCUUGCCAGUGUGCUGCAGAUGAUGGUAUUAUGAUCAUUUCAAAUCACUACUGUGUCGACCAGGAUGUUUCUUCUGUGGAAGGCAAUGAUGAUCAGUUGCCCUCUGAAUUGGACAUUGAUCAUGCAGGAAGUGUACAUUCCCUCACUAAAUCAACAGACAGUAAUUCCUGUGUUUGGCAAGAACUUCCUCUACUUUCGGAGAGUGGUUCUUUCUCCUUUGGUAAUGAUUCAAACAGUUCUGACGAAGAUAACGCCAUUGAGACAAUCCCUGAACAAGAUGAAAACGAAGACUAUGAAGACCUAAGUCAUGAAAAUGAACCACAUGAUGAAAUGGUUGUGUCCACAAGCAGCAUUUUCUCAUUUGAUAGUGAUUUAUUUAAUCCUAGUGAUUUGGAUGAAGACAAUGAGGUUGAAAAUGACAGUUCUGAUUUAACAAAAGUGUCUGAAGUCAUUGAUGAGGACAAAGGAAGAGAUGAGGAUGAUGAACCAAGGGAAGAUCAUACUGCGACAGAAGGAAGUGACAAUUUCAAUAUCUUCCAUGUUGAUAUUCCAACCUUGUUCGUAGUUCUGGGUGUAACAACUGCUCUGGGAUUCAGUAUUGGCUAUGGUAAGGCAAGCUAUUAAAUGAUAAUGGCUCUUUAACUACUGUAAUGAAUGUAUUUCAGAGAAUGAUAAUUUUGCAAGGGUUUUGUUUGGAGGAUGGUUUUUUUUUUAAUGGGAACAGAUUUUUUUGGUAAACCCUUUUCUCCUAAGAGUUAGGAGCAUCUUAUUCCUUCUUCUAAUAUCAUCCCUGAAUCACAAAUUAAGGUCACACAAAUAAAGGAAGUUAUCACCAGCCAAAGAAGCUCUUGAUCAAUAAACAAAUUCUCCUGGUAAGCACCUUAUCAAAUGUAUAGAGAACAGUAAGGAAAAUGUGCGUAGUGAUGGUAGGUUGUAAAGGGUGAAAGAUGACUCUUCAAUAAUUCAGAUGGGAAACAAGUUUGCCAGAUCUCUGUGCAUUAAUUAAAUAUAAACUAGGAAAAAUGGCUAAUGUCUUCAAAUUUAUGAAGAGUCUCUUGAUUUGAGGUUCCACCCAUGGCUAGAAUAAUGUUUUGACAAAUUCUGAGCUAUGAUAGAGAGAGUGAGAUCAUAUAUGUUUAUUGUGGGAGGAAAAAGACAAAUAAACUAAAUUCUAAACUAAAGUUAAACUCCCACAAUAUAUUCAUUGCUCUACUCCUAUGUAUUGAGCACUGUUUUACGAAAGUCAAAUUUUACACUUCAUAUAUGUAUGUAUAACAACUAUCUGACUGCUUGAUUAGGUGUUAUGAGAUAAAAUGUUUCACUUUUGGUUGUACCUGUGAGACAGCUUGGAAACAUUACCACAACCGGAAAAAAAAAAUUUAGCUGAUGGAAGGAAACAUAUUUUUUUCAUGAAUUUAUGAAGGUUCAUAUUCAAUCUCCACUUAUUGCUUAGGGUUGAGUGUUUUUAUCAGCAACCGAGCCUUGGAGAUGUCUGGGAGCAUCAAGAGACCUGGGCCCAAGACAGCCUCUCUUCCACUAAACUCCGAUCCCAUGGAGCCCUUGGAUGAAGUAUCAGUUGAUUUCCUAGAUCAGCUGGAAAUGUGGAAAUUAGAAGAACGCCUUGAAACUCAUGAAGAGUCAGAACAUGAAAAGGAAAUAGAUGAUCUGUUUGACACGAAAGCACUUCACGAAAAGCUCCAACUGAAACAUUUCAAGCUCAUGAGCGUGCACGAAAGUGUAAAACAGCGUUUGCGCAUGAGCAAAGUCAUGUCAUGGUACUGGCGGCUGAAGUAUGAGGAGGAAAAGUCUAAUAAAGGAAGCAGUGACUGGAGUAAGGCUUUACAAGAACAGCUCGAACAAACAGAGAAGCUCUACGAAAAGGAAAAACAAAUUGCUGAUCUGUGGCGCCGUAUGAACGAGAACUCGAAGCUGAGAAAGGCUGUGGCUGGAGGCAUCAAGAUAGAUACGUAAGUGCAGCUCAGCUGUGUUCAGUUGUCUUUGAAGGAAUAGGGAAGGCGUGUCGAUGUCAACUACUCAGUGUUUAUUCAGCCCUGUGACCAGCGACUAGUAAUGAGUUGUAUUAAGCAAGACAGGAGUACAUUUAUAUACAAAGGUCCAGUGUUGUCCAGGGUUUUUAGGAGAAAGUCAUCAAGUAAAUUUCUUUGCUCUCCAGACUUUUGGGCUUUUCACAAGGUGUAUCAAUAGAGCGCAAUUCGAGAGAGUGUCGUAAAACUAAAGUGAUCACAGCAGCCAAUCAGAGCCCAUAUUUCAAGGAGCUAGCGAGAACCCAAAGUAAAAACAAGCUUAACUCUAACCCCUGAGAGUGACUAGCAUCUAAUUUCUCCCAACUAUUUAACCCCUGCAUCACACAGUAAGGUCAUGAGAAUAAAGGAAAUGAUCACCAACUAAAUAUUCUCUUGAUUGAUAAACAAAUUCUCCUUGUCAGCACCUUAGGAAUUGUGUAGGAAACAGUAUGCAUACUGAUGUAAGGGUGUAAAGGGUUAAUUAUAUUUGCGCAGUGUUGCUCUAACAAGGAAGCUACUUCAAAGGGUAACUCAAUGAUUCUGAAGUUGUCUUACGUUUAUUGCAGGUACUGGAAGGAUUAUUUUCACCGUUGGAAAAGGAAUGGGUUGAGAACCGUUAGCGUAAAUACAAGUCAAAAGUUGUCAAUUGAAACAGAAACGCCGGGACACGAAGACUCUGUAGGCACCAUUGGUUCCAAAGGACUAGAUAUUAAGUCUCAAGGUAGAACCAAAGAGCAUGCGUGGGACAACGUCUGGACGGACUUUAGAAAACGUUGGACAGUAGAUUCGCAUUUGAAGGGAGAAACGGAUGCUAGUUGUCAGUCAAAGACUGGAAAGUGCACUUAUCCCAGUGAAAGGAAGGAGUUAAGUGUUCUCCCUGAGGACCGCUCCAUAAUGUCAUACUCUGCUUCUGUUAUUGAGAAAUUCUUGGAUAGAACAGUCAAAAAAUCCGUGCGAGAUCCGAUAACAACCGAUAAAAAUUUUGAAGAUAAGAAAACUGAGAAGUCGCAGUCUUUAGACGGAGAAAGUAAAGGCCGCGAUAGCCCCUCUGAAGAAAUAUGCAAAGAUUUCCGUAAAAUAAGUGUUCCUUUUGAAAAUCCUCUAUUUCCUAACGGAAUUUUCCCUCUUGGCUACGGAACUCCGGAGUAUUAUUCAAACAUAGAUUUAGAAAGAAAUGCGAACACCUUAUCCCCUACAGUAACAACGCAGCAAAGAGACCUCCAAGUUAUUUCGUACGUAGACAGUACAAGUGAUGGAAAUUGGAUUCACGACGACGAAUCCUAUGCUAAGGAAGCGCCUAGCAUACCAACUGAAGAAGAUACUAAGUUACCAAGAAAAUCGGAAGGAAAUGUUGCGGGUUUUCAUCUUGUAAAGUCAUACGAAGCAUCUGUUAUGAAAAAAAGCGAAGAGGCCUCUAACGUCAAGAGAAAACGUCACAGUCGAAGUGGAUACUUGAAGAAGAGAGGAAAGGGAAACCGAACUUCUGUUCAAUCAGAUGGAAACUUCCUCAGCAAAGAGAAGCAGCAGCUGAAAAAUUUGACGCAGCUUCGUGGGCAAGAGAUUCGCAAACAGAGGAUUCUCCGGCGCGAGUUAAAAAAGAAAGAAAAGAAGGCUAAGCUGCGUGCUGAGGAGGCUGACCGCUUGGUGUCAGAGAUGCGACGUGAAAGGCGCCGUUUGGAGAAAGAGAAGAAAAACCUGCGGCGCUCUUGGAAGGCACUUAAACGAGAGAAGAAAAGGAUUUCUUCCGAAAAAGAACGUCAUCGAAGAAACAGAACAGAGAUGAACAAUUUUUUUGUGGCACUGAAAAGAGAAAAGCAGAAAUUGAAGAGAAAGAAAGUGGAGCUUAGGGAGAAAGUAAAAGAACUGUUGACCAAAGAGAGGAAAAAAUUGAAGCUUAAAGAGAAAACUUUAAGUGCAGAAAAGAAGAAGGAAGUGGAGCGCCUUAGGAACAAAAUUGUUCAAGAGAAGAACAAGCUGCGGCAACAGAAAGAAGAACUGAAGUCCUUGAAGAAAGCGGCAAAAGAAGAGUAUAAAAAAUGGUUAAACGAGCUCCGUAACAUAAAAAGACAGGAGAAGGAGAAACAAAACGAAAAGGCGAGGAAGAAACGAGAAAAAGCUGAUAGGCGGCAUAAAAAAGAAUAUGAUUCUGUUGUCAAAGAGCAAGCCAAGUUCGACAAAGAAAAGCGAAGGAAAAAGAAAGAAAACACUCGGCGUACAGUGGAGAGUAAAAAACUAAAAGAUAAAGAUGAACUAAGAAAUGAAUCCGUAGACGACAAAACUAAUGGGCAAGAUUUAAGAAAGACCGUGGAAAAUGAUGGAUGGGUACCCAAAGAAGUUGAGAUUGAGGCUAAGGAGGAAGAAAACUUACAGAGCAAAGACCUGCCCCGUAAGAGGAAAAAUUUAGAAAGCAAGGAAAAGAUUUGGAAGGUCAAAAAGGAGGGAAGGAAACGAACGGGAAAACGGGCCAACGAAAAACUGAGAAUCAAAGUGGAAAAGGAUGAGAAGAAAAGGAAGCGAAAAAAAGAAUAUGACUCUGUUAUCGCUGAGCAAGUUGAAUAUGAUAAAGAAAAACGGAGGGCAAAGGGAGAAGGUGCAAAGAGUAAAUUUUCCAAACGAGAAUGGAAGAUGCGGUCUGAUAACGUGAAAAAAGAAGCGUCACGUCCAAAAAAUACCAAGGAAAAAAGAAAAACAAGCGAUGGCGAGGGGUCCUUUAAAAAGCAGUUGGAGGGCAUUCAGAAGUGGUUGUCCGAUGUUCAUAACAGUGCCAUUGAACACCAACAAGGACAGGGUCAUUGGCCGUGGACUGAUGGCGAAGUGUCUUUUAGGAAAAAGUUAGAAGAUGUUGGAAAGUGGUUAAGUGAUGUUCCCAAGAAAGCUCUUGAACAGCCAGGAAAAACGAUCAAUUGGCCGUGGAGUUUGAUAAAGCCAUAUUUUGAUGCUGGAAGCAAUGAAGGAAAGACUUCUGGAACACGCCACGACGCAGGAGAUAGUAAAGAAAAAGAACUUAACAUGCGUGAUUUGAACUCGGCAAAGGCCAAGAGAACUAUAGACACAGAGAAAUCGACCGAAAGAUGCGAUUGGGAAAAUGGAAGAGUCCAGGCAAAAGAAAUAUUUUCGAAGACUGAGAAGAAGGGAAAUAAAAAAGAACGCAAGAUGCCAGAAGAAGUUAAGAAGUCAGAAAUAGCAGUGGUACCUGAGCAUAAAGCGCUUGCUGGUUUUACAAACUUUACGUUCGACAUGGAUCUUAUGUUGAGAAUGUUGCUUAAGGGAGAUGUUAAACCAAAACGCGCGGAAAAAACUUCGGAUGAUUCGGACAAAACCACAGAGACGGCCUUCGUCAUAGUUUCUGAAGAAUCGACUUACGAUGUUGGAAAGAAGAAGUCACGACAAGGUCCGAAGAGUUCCGUUAAGAAACCGAAGCGAACCGAUGAAAAGCCGAAACGGCCACGUGAUAAUAGGUGGUGGAAGGAUAGGAAUAGGAAUACUGUGAAGCGUGGUGUUAAGUUACCGCAAGGUCCGAUUUCUGGCGAAGAUGGCCAAGUAAGGUCUGAUUUUUCGUACGAAAAGGCGAAUCAUAGGAAAGUUUCCCUACAUACAUCUUCAUCCGAAGGCCCAAUUCCACCAAAAGAUAUUGGGUUGUCAGUUGAAGAGUGGUUGGAAAAGAGAUUUAAUCUGCCAAAAAAUUCUCAGAAGAAGUUAUCCCCUCAAGGACCGAUUUUGUCCGACGAAGUGUAUCGCACUCAGUCAAGCAAAGGAAAGAAAAGAAAGAAUAGGCGAAAUACCGACAUGCAAGAAGACAAAGUAAGCAAUUCCUUUGAUUCCGAGACAGUUGAGUCCGUUCCACCUCCUAAUUGGUUAUUUGAGCGCGCCAAAGGUCGCACCCAUCAGCGGUCUGAGCCGUGGUAUGAGCGCCGAGCAGAAGAUCGAGAUUUCCAACGAAGCACCGACAAAUACGAGUCCUGGUUUCCUUGUGAUACGAAGCGCAAGCCUUACAAAGGUCCAUUAGAUCCGUCGUGGUUUUUCGAUCGAGCGCACGAUCGUGCCUUUCAGAGGUUGAACAAUGUACCUUGGUAUACCCGGCGUGCAAAAGGACGUGAAACUGAGCGUCAGAAGGGCGAAGAUUCGUGGUUCAUAGAGCGCGGAUAUUACAGGAAGGACUCGCGUGAUAUAAGUUCCUGGUACGGCGAUCAGAAUUGGAUGCCACAGGGACCUUCCAUGGAGGAACAUCGCUAA